AUGGAGAGCCUUACGGCCGAGGCCGGCGCGCCCGCCGCGGCGGUGCCCGAUGACCGCUGCCGGCCCCCGCCGCAAGCCUCCGGUGCUUUGCUGGACGAGGCGGAGGCGGCUGCGGCGCCGUACCCGUGCGGCUACUGCGGCGCGUUCCACGGCAGCGAGACCGGCUACUGCGCCGCGUGCUCCAGGAGCUGGCUCAAGCCCGAGAUCGCCGCGCGGGCCGCGCGGUUCCAGCGGCGGGCGUACCUCGCGCUCGUGACGAUGAUGAUGAGCUACUUCGAAACGGACGACAAGGCCGUGCUCUCGGUGUUCUGCGGCUCGAUCGGGCUCGUCGUGUUCUUCUGGUUCCUCACCAAAAGCGUCGCGACGGCCGCGCCGGAGUGGAUCGCGCCCCUCGUCAUCUUAUCCCUGGCGGCGGUGUACAUGAUCCCGACGAUGCGGCGCAUGGUCGUGCUCAUCGAGGACGUCGACGAAAUCAGUGCGCUCUUCGAACGCACAUGGCGGGAGCACGAAAACGACGAAAAGAAGGGCCCGGCGCCAGCCAAACUAGCCGGCGAAUUGAGCCAGCCGACGGCCGACCUGCACCGGCUCUACGUGCUGGCGCGCGCGCGCGUCGGAGGCUUCGAAGUGGACGUCGUUGAGCGCCUGGCGCGCGCGGGCAAGACGCCGGCGGAGUCGUCGCGCAACACGCGCGGUCCGCAGAUUAAGGGCCUCCUCCGGGCGCGCGAGAAGAUCGCGAUGGACUACGGCGGCGACGUGAGCCGCCUACGAGACAUCCUUCGCGCCUCGAUCGUCUGCGAGACGGUGGACGAGUUGCGGACGCUCGGCGACGAGCUCGCGGCCCUCGAGACGGCCGGGACCAUCCGCGUCGUCCAGGUCAAGAAUCGUUUCGUGGGCGCACCGACGCCUUCAGGCUAUCGCGACGUCAACGUGAGCACGAUCUAUCACGGGCUCCUCUGCGAGAUCCAGAUCCAUCUCGAGCCAAUCCUGGCCAUCGCGGACCAGCAGCACGUCGCCUACGAAGCCGCGCGGGAGCUGGAUCUCAUGGGGGCCCUGGAGAAACCCACCGAGGCGACGCACGAGACCUCGAGCCGCCCUCUCCGCUGGGGCUACGUCGCGGCGCGACUCGUGCCCGCGGUGCUGAGCGUGGUCAUCGGGUGGCUCUACGUCGACGCGUUCGUGCUCAAGGGCGCCGACUCGCUGGUGGCGCGCGCGAUGUUGCUGCCGACGCGGGGCUUCUCAAGGCCCUACGUCGUCCUGCGUCUGUACGGCCUGGCGCUGGCGGCGCCGUACGCGGCGAACACGUUUCUGUUGCUCCGAGCGGCGGGAUGCUUCGGCGAGCGAGCGCGGUGCCAGCGGCGCGGGAAGACGCGAGUCGCGCUGCUGUACGAGCGCUACUUUGGGUACGAGGGCACGUACUUCGUGUGGAAGGUGUUCUGGUUUCAAAUUUUCGAAGUCGUCCUGCAGGCGUACGGAAAGGUCCCACUAUUCCUGACCUACAUGAACCCGUUCGAGGGUCUCAAGCGCGGCCGCGACGAGGUUUCGGUAGGCGAUUCGGCGCGCGACCUCUCUGACAGUCGAAGCGGGCUGCACAUUUUCGUCGUCGUGUUUUUCUGCGCGCUGCUGUUCAACGUCCUGUAUCCGACGUUUCUGCUGCGGAGCCGCGACGUGAGGUAUCAGCGCAAUUUUUCCUUCGUGGCCGACACGGUCCUCGAUUUGGUCUAUGCGUGCGUUCCCUUUGUGUUCCUCGUUCUGGGCGUUCGAUCGCAACAGAUGAUCAUCCCGCACGACCCCCUCGAGUACACGUCGAAUUUGCUGCCAAUGCUACACACGCACUUUGUGAUUUCAACACUGGAAGCGGCCGCCGACGAGUCCCGCGCGCUCCGCAAAGUCGCGCCCCGCCCGCCCGAGGCCGACCUCGACGAGAAAUCCGCCGAGCCCUCGCCCAGCAGCACCGCGAAGUACGGGACUUGUCCGGGCGAAGCGCUCUACGGCGCGCUCGUCGCUUCGUGCCUCGUGCUGUGGUUCCUCGCGUUUUUUGCGGUGUCGUUCAAAAAUCAGCUCAUAUUCGCGGCCGCGUUUGUGCUUGCGAGCCUGUUGCUCCCUCUCGCGGCGCGCCACGCCGGCCGUCCCCGCUUCUCGGUGUGGGAGCCCGCGGUGUUAUGUUCCGGCUUCUACCUGUUGUUCUGCUUAAGCUCGAAAUUCCAAAGCCACAUCCUGAUGAACAUGGCUCUCGCAUUCCACGGCGCACUCGUCUUGUUCGCGGCGCCCGACGAAGCGAGUCGCGGUCUCCCGGACACACGCGCGAGCGCGGCGACGAAGGCGAACCGUUUGCCGCGCUGGGGCUCGGUUCUAUACUUCUGCGUAACGGGCGGCUUCCUUGCCGCGGUCGUCGCGGUUUACACGCUGGGUGGAACCUUAGUCUCGACCUGCAUGCCGUGCGAAUGCACACAGGACGGGAUCCUCUCCAGCUGCGAGGUCUUCCGACACGCGGAGUCGUUGCGAAUGACGCGCGGUCUGAACGCGCCGCCCUUUGCGGACUACCUGGACCUCGCCAACAAAGGCAUCAAAGAAAUAAAGCCCGGCUCGUUUUUGGGUCUUUCGUCGGUGAAGGAACUCAGCCUCGAAGGCAACAAGAUUAAGGUACUGAAGGCAGAAACCUUCGAGGGUCUGGCCUCAUGUAAAGUGUUGACCCUCACGGACAAUCCACUGCGUGAAAUCUCGGCCGGCGCCUUUCGGGGCCUUGGGAAGCUCGAGCAGCUAAACCUCGCCGGAUACGGAUUCACGAGUCUGCGGCCGGGGACCUUCGACGGGCUCGGCGCCCUCGAGACGCUCGAUCUCAGUCGCAACAGCCUCACUCGCAUCGAGGUCGAUACAUUCCGUGGCCUCGAUCGCCUGACCUGGCUGUCUCUCUACCGGAAUUUGUUGCGGCAUUUCGACGGCGCGUUCCGGGACCUCGGCCGCCUUUCGAGGCUCGACCUGUCGGAGAACGCAGCUGUCCAUCUCAACACGAGCAGCUUCUCGGGCCUGACGUCGCUGGCACAAAUCGAUCUCGUCGAUAAUCCGGUCCAAAGCGUGGGUUGCGGCACGCUGAACGUCUCGGGCGCCGAUCUCACGGUCAGGUGGCUCGAGGAGUGCAACGAGGACUUUGACGGCGGGACGGUCGUGGCUCCGGCGGGCACAACCUACUGGGGCUUUGGCAAGGGACGAUGCAAGUCCGAUUUGAACAAACGCGCGGGGUGCGCAAAAUCGCCCGGAGAUUGUUGGACCCUGUGCCAGAAUACUAUCGGAAGUGGCCUCGUCGCCGUCGAUUGGAUGGAGAACGGCGAGUGCACCUGUCAGGACGAAUGUAGGUACAUGUCGGACGUCGGGUGGUGUUCCAACAACACGCACGUUAUCACGAGCUUAGGUACCGUGCUCCCGGACCUUGGAGCCGAGGAAUGUCCGACGGCAGCGCCGACCUUGGCGCCGACGGUGGCCUUGACUAGUGCCGGGUCUUGCUUUAGCACAACCACGUUUCUGGUUACGUGUGACGUGGACUAUUAUACAUGUGCCGGGAUGGGGGCUUAUUGGUACCAGCCAGGAUUUGUGUCUUUUGGUUCCGGUUGCUGCCACUGCAAGGGAAGCUGCGACCAUACGCUGGAAACCUCUGCUUUGUCGUGUGAUGAAGCUUAUUAUGAACCGGAGCAGGCAUUUACUUGUGACAUUUGCCAGGGCCGUAGUGUAAAGGCCAACGCCGCUGCGGGUCACCACUGCAAAGACGGCAAUGGCACAAUAAUUGGCGACAGCAUGGACAAAAUAGGCUCCGGCACAUAUGAUUCGAUUACUUGGGCGUAUGAGUUCAUAUUAAUACUGACCAAGAACACGGAAGCCGAAUGCCUCCAGGAUGAUCCUUCGAAUGUUUGGGAACCAUACACGUGCGAACAGAAGGCGGGGUUCUGGGCAAACUCGACUGAAAUUCGCGAAGCCGGACUACACGAAGGUGAUCUGUGGUGUCCCCAUUUGCAAGAGUUCUGGAUGAACCAGACCUUGAGUGACUGCUGCUUAAGCGAGGAAGAGGAAGAUGUCAAUACGGACGCGGCGUUUUGCGCCGAAUACGAACACGUGCAGGCCGGGUUACGGCCGUGCAGCUACUACUGGGAACCGAAUAAAUGCCAACUAGUUGGCGAGACGAAUCUUACGCAAGCUGAGAUCACGGACUCGUGGGGUAACAAACUUGGUUACGAAUACACCGUUACCGGCUCGUACGAAGCUCGUUACAGGUAUUAUGAAAAUAAUUGGGACUAUGACGGUACAUGGGACGAUGCGCAGAGGUACUGCGAACGUAUGGGCGCAUCGAUCGUUGCGAUUAGCUCGGAGGAGGAGAGCCAGGUCAUUAAUACCAUCGUGGGGUACGACACAGACAUAUGGAUCGGCUACCGCGCCGCUGCUAGUAGUUCGACGUGGGAGUGGGCAUCUGGCGAAAGAUCUGAUUUCACGGUGUGGCGCGCGGGCGAGCCCAAGGCCGAGGCUCGGACGGUUCCACGUUGCGCCUAUGUCACCACCGACGAUGAGUCUCGCUCCUACACGACGCGAGAAUGGCGGGAGGCCGAUUGUAACUUUACUACGAUGAGGAAAGGAUGGGAAACACCGUUGCUCUGCGAACUCGGAACGGAUAUAGCGGAGUGGCCGACGCCGGGCCCGACACAAAAGCCCACCGACGCGCCGACGCUGAAGCCAAGCUUCACACAAAUGCCGACGGUGACGCCCGUGCCAACGCAGAGCGUCGAGUCCCGUCGUUCGCACGCGCUAUGCUUCGAGACGUGCGUUCUCACCGACGCCGUGGGUGAGAUGGACGCGACGCGACACAACGGGCUUACCUGCGACCCGGGCGUGGGCCUCGUCUUCGACGGCGAAGAUGACUUUGCGGAGCUGGCGCCAGUCGAGCUCGGGGGCGGAGAUUUCACUAUCGCGCUAUGGGUGGCGCCAGACCCCGGUCAGAACAACGACGCCUGGAAGACGCUCGUCACGUUCGGCAACGGCUCACGAACACAGGACUUGCAGGAUAGUGUCUCGUAUCGUCCACCUCACAUCACAAUCGAAUCAAAGGGUAACACGGGCAUUUCGUGGUCCUCCGAGGACGAACUGUGGAGCGGAGUAGGAGACCUUGUGGAGCCCACCGAGGACGCAAACACAGCAGACCUGCAUAUCGUGGUCACGAUCAGGAAUUAUGAAAGCGGGGGUAGUCACUCAGCAGUGUACAGGAAUGGUGAAUCAGUAUCGUCUAGUGACUCUAGUUCGGAUACUGUGGAGAAGGCAGAUCGUCCCCGAAGCUACCUCGGCGGCAUGGCCGAAGGAGCGACCGAUGUUCCAGAUUGGUCGAGUAUUGCUUCGGGACGCCCGACAAAACCCUACGACGCGUACUUCAAAGGAAGCAUCGCGUCCCUGACGAUAUGGAACGGCGCCGCUUUAAGCCAAGAUGAGGUCAAGCGUCUCUACGACGGGCCGCGCUGCCCGUGA